AUGGCCCCUGUCGCAAACGGACGUGCCGCCGCCAACGGUGAGCAGGCCAACGGAGCCGCCGCCGCCCAGGCCCAGGCCCCCAUCAACGCCACCGCCGCGCGCCACGAGGACACGGAGCGCAUCCGCGUCAACUCGGACAAGGUCGCGUACACCGACGAUGCCAUCACGUCGACCUACGAGUACCUCAACACGCACGUCGAAAAGGUGCGCCACGACGACGGCACCACCGAGUUUGUCGCCACGCCCAUCAGCCGCGAGUACCAGUUCAAGACGGAGCGCAAGGUGCCCAAGACCGGCCUCAUGAUGGUCGGCUGGGGCGGCAACAACGGCACCACCAUCACCGCCACCAUCCUGGCCAACCGCCACAACAUCACCUGGCACAACAAGGACGGCCUCCAGACGCCCAACUACUACGGAUCCAUCGUGCGCGCCUCGACGAUCCGCCUCGGCACCGACCCCGCCACGGGCAAGGACGUCUGGGUGCCCUUUAGCAACGUCCUGCCCAUGGUCCACCCCAACGACCUCGUCGUCGGCGGCUGGGACAUCAGCGGCAUGCCCAUGGACCAGGCCAUGGCCCGCGCCAAGGUCAUGGACUACGACCUCCAGCGCCAGGUGGCUCCCUACAUGGCCGACAUGAAGCCGCUCGCCUCGGUCUACUACCCCGACUUUAUCGCCCAGAACCAGGAGGAGCGCGCCGACAACGUCAUCCCCGGCACCAGCAAGAAGGCCCACGUCGAGCAGCUGCGCCAGGACAUCCGCGAGUUCAAGCGCCAGAACGGCCUGGACCAGGUCAUUGUCGUCUGGACGGCCAACACGGAGCGCUACUCGGAGGUGCUGCCGGGCGUCAACGACACGGCCGACAACCUGCUCAAGGCCGUCGAGCAGGACCACGCCGAGGUGUCGCCCUCGACCGUGUUUGCCAUCGCGUGCAUCCUCGAGAACGCGCCCUACGUCAACGGCGCGCCGCAGAACACGUUUGUGCCCGGCUGCAUCGAGCUGGCCGAGCGCCACCGCGCCUUUAUCGGCGGCGACGACCUCAAGACGGGCCAGACCAAGGUCAAGUCGGUGCUGGCCGAGUUCCUGGUCAACGCCGGCAUCAAGCCGCUGUCGAUUGCGUCGUACAACCACCUGGGCAACAACGACGGCUACAACCUGAGCUCGCAGCGCCAGUUCAAGAGCAAGGAGAUUUCCAAGGCGAGCGUCGUCGACGACUGCUGCGCGGCCAACCACCUGCUCUACAAGCCGGCCGUGCCCGGCAAGAAGGGCGCCGACGGCAAGGCCGACAAGGGCGAGCACCCGGACCACUGCAUCGUCAUCAAGUACCAGCCCGCCGUGGGCGACCAGAAGGUGGCCAUGGACGACUACACGUCGGAGCUGUGCAUGGGCGGCCGCAACCGGCUGUACGUGACCAACCUGUGCGAGGACUCGCUGCUGGCGUCGCCGCUGCUGCUGGACCUGACGAUCCUGGCCGAGCUCAUGACGCGCAUCACGUACCGCGUGCCCGGCGAGGCGGCGUCGGCGGGCGGCGACGACGCCGAGUGGAGCUCGAUGUACUCGGUGCUGUCGCUGCUGGCCUACUCGCUCAAGGCGCCCGUCGUCAAGCCGGGCACCGACGUGGUCAACUCGCUCAACCGCCAGCGCGCCGCGUGCACCAACUUCCUGCGCGCGUGCAUCGGCCUGGCGCCCGAGAGCGACCUGCUGCUCGAGACGAGGAUCUGGUAG